UCUGCGAUCAUCUCUACACGCCCUUACUACGAUAUCCCCCUGUAUAUAUAGCAGUGCGUGAACGCCAUCGACUGCAUCGUUCCAAUAUCGUACAUAUGUCUAGUCCCGCUGCCGAACGCGCGUUAUUUCCCAGGGAGUCAACUGUUCAAUAUCAUAGGUGCACUUUGAUUUUUCCUUCAUGUCGCCCCGGAUUCUCGAAGCAUGCUUGAUUCUGUUUUCAUAUCAUUUUCUCCCCAAUGACUCGGGCCGGACGGGUCCGCUACCGACAUAUGUUUCCUCAUGGUUGUCGAGUGCCUGCCUACGUUUGUACAUACUCAGGUUGCGGGCUUCUCGAGAAACCUGACCCCGAAUUCUCAUGCAUACGUUAGUCGGCAAAUGCAAUCAAUAAUUGGCAGCACCGCAAUAUAUAUUGUGGUGGCUCCGAGCCAAUAUAGGAAAGAUGCGCACUACUUGUUCAGUUCCCAGUCGGAUAGAAUGGCUAUUUCGCCAAUGCUCAACCCCCGUACCACAAACAGUCUACACAUAUGCAAUCCUAUUUCUUGGUAUCUGCUGUGGCAUCAACUCUACAGAUUCACUCUAUCGAUCCAAGAAGUCUUUGUUCUACUUGACACCAUGAGACUCACAUCUCUUCUUCCCAUCGCUCUUGCGGCUUUGGCAAUCGCUGCCCCUACUGCUACGACCGAUGAGGUCAAGAGGAACAACAUUGUGAAGCGUGCUUCCUACUCUGAUGUUCCAACCACGGGCUACGCAACCCAGAACGGUGGCACUACUGGUGGACGAGGCGGAACUACUACGACUGUUUCUUCCUUCGCUCAAUUCACCGCUGCCGUGAAGGGUGACAGUGCCAAAAUCGUGGUUGUGUCAGGUCCCAUCACUAGCACGGGCAAUGUCAAGAUUGGCUCAAACACCAGCAUCAUCGGCAAGGACUCAUCUGCUGUUUUGACUGGCUUCACCUUGACUGUGAAGGACGUCAAGAACGUCAUCAUUCGCAACAUUGCGGUCAAGAAGGUCAUUGGUGGUGAUGCUAUUGCGGUUCAAGUUGCCCAGAACGUGUGGAUUGAUCACGUCGAUCUUUCUGCCGACAUGGACCACGACAAGGACUACUACGAUGGACUGCUCGAUUUGACCCACGCCGCUGAUUUCAUUACCGUUUCAUACACGUACUUCCACGACCACUGGAAGGGCUCUUUGAUCGGUCACUCCGACAACAACGCCGCUGAAGACACGGGCAAGCUUCGUGUAACCUACUACAACAACUACUGGAAGAACGUCAACUCCCGUGGUCCGUCUCUUCGCUUCGGUACCGGACACAUCUUCAACAGCGUCUACGACAACGUAGGUGACGGAAUCAACACCCGCCAGGGUGCUCAGGUUCUUGUCGAGAACAAUGUCUUCUCCGGCGUUAAGAAGCCACUCUACAGCACCGACAGCGGUUACGCCGUUGCCAGGGGUAACGACUUUGGUGGUGCAUCUAACACUGCUCUUGCUGGAAACUUGAACAGUGUCCCCUACGGUGGUUACACCCUUCUUGCGGCAAGUGCAGUUCGUGGUGCUGUUGUUGGACAAGCCGGAACUACCUUGAAGUUCUAAACAAUGGCUUCUUAUAUCGGGCAAUCGGUGUGAGGAAUUUACAUUCCUC